AUGUGUGGUUGGACCAACAAAUCAUUUGACUUGUUGCUUGACUUACUUUGGAAAGCAUUUCCCAAAGACAAUAAGAUUCCACGGUCUUAUUAUGAGGCUAAGAAAAUGUUGCGUGAUCUUGUUUUAGGGUAUGAAACUAUUCAUGUAUGUGAGUUUGAUUGUGCUUUAUACUGGAAAGAAAAUAAAAAUGCUGAAAGAUGUCCUAUAUGUGGUCAUGAACGAUACAAAUUCCAAGGAACUAAAGGUAAGAAGAUCCCGAAUAAAAGGAUGCAAUAUUUUCCUAUAACUCCACGUUUGCAACGACUUUUUAUGUCUCGCCAUACAUCAUCUGAUAUGAGGUGGCAUAUGGAAGAACGUGUUGAUACUGCAGGUGUACUUAGACACCCCACAAAUGCAGAGGUUUGGAAGAAUUUUGAUAGACAAUAUCCUGAUUUUGCAAAAGAAUCUAGAAAUGUUAGGUUAGGAUUUGCAACAGAUGGGUUCAAUCCAUUUGGUGAUUUAUCAAACUCGUAUAGCAUGUGGCCAGUGUUGCUAAUGCCAUAUAACAUGUCACCAUGGAGAUGUAUGAAACAGAAAUUCUUAAUGAUGACAUUACUAAUUCCAGGACGUCAUUCUCCAGGUAAAGACAUAGAUGUCUAUUUAGGACUUUUGAUCGAUGAGCUUAAGGAACUAUGGGAAAAUGGUGUACGUACUUUUGAUAUUAUCAAUAAAGAAUAUUUUACCAUGCGUGCUGCAGUAUUGUGGACAAUAAAUGAUUUUCCAGCAUAUGAACCUGUAUCUGGGUAUAGCACUCAAGGGCCAGGUAAAAAUGAUAAGAUCAUUAAGGGCGAUAAGCAACAAAUGAAUGAUUCAUGUUAUGAAAACAAAACGAACUGGAAGCGAAAAAGUAUAUUUUGGGAGUUAGAAUAUUGGCCUAAAUUAAAACUAAGACAUAACUUGGAUGUGAUGCAUAUUGAGAAAAAUAUAUGUGAUAGUGUGGUUGGUACAAUAUUUAGUAUCGAUGGGAAGUCUAAAGAUACUGAAAAUGCAAGACUUGAUUUACAAGACUUAAAUAUUCGUAAGCAGCUACACAUGAAAAAGAAGGGGAAUAACUGGUUGAAACCAGUAGCAUGUUAUACGUUAUCAGCGAAGGAACGACAAGAAUUUUGUACGUUUAUAAAGUCUGUAAAAUUUCCUGAUGGAUAUGCAGGAAAUAUUUCUCAAAAUAUUAACAUGAAGGAUGGGAAAUUAUUUGGGUUGAAAAGUCAUGAUUGCCAUAUCUUGUUACAGAGGUUGUUACCUAUUGGACUAAGGCCAUAUUUGAAAAAGAAAGUGAUGGAUGUAAUUGUUGAGUUGUCGUUAUUCUUCAAAAAGCUAUGUGCGAGGACAAUAUAUGUGAAAUACUUAGAUGAAUUGGAAGAGGGCAUUGUGUUCACGCUAUGUAAAUUAGAAAGUAUUUUUCCUCCUGCUUUCUUCGAUGUGAUGAUACAUCUUGCGGUGCACCUGCCAUUAGAAGCUAAGUUAGGUGGUCCAGUACAAAUGAGAUGGAUGUAUUCGAUCGAAAGGUAA